AUGGUGGUGCUUCGAGUGCUUCUUGCGGCGGCGGUGACGCUGCAGAUGGCACGGGCGUCUCAGUGCCCCAACGACUGCAGUGGCCACGGCCUCUGUCACUUUCAAGGCGUCUGCCAGUGCUCCCAAUCUUUUAUGGGCGCCGACUGCUCGCUGCUCAAGUGUCCAAUGGGCACAGCGUGGGCCGACUACCCGCAGUCGUCCGAGAAUGCGCACAACCUCGCCGAGUGCGCCAACCGAGGUGUCUGCAACCGCGCGACAGGGCUCUGCGACUGCUCCCCGGGCUUCACCGGCGCUGCCUGCGACCGCAUGGCUUGCAAAUGCAACGGCCGCGGCACGUGCCUCUCGAUGAGCCAGCUCGCGACGACCAAGGAUCCAGGUCUUGGCACGGUGCACCCCUACACGACGCCAUGGGACGCCAACCAGAUCUACGGCUGUCAGUGCGACGAUCCGUUUACAGGCUACAGCUGCACCGAGAUGCACUGCCCCCGCGGCGACGACCCCCUCACGGGCACGACCCAAGACCCCAACGGCGUCCAAUUCAAUGAAAAGCAAGUCGUCACGUGCAUGGCCACGGGCGGGUCGUUCACGCUGGCCUUUCGAGGCUUUACCACGGCGCCGAUUCCAGUGUCCGACUCGGCCGCCAGUAUGCAAGCCAAGCUCUUGGCACUUCCAUCGCUCCACGGUGUCGUCGUCACGUUCUCGGGUCUGACGCCCACGGCGUGCACGGUGCUCGGUCAUGCCAUCACGAUCGAAUUCACACAAGACUUUGGCAAUCUGCCGUCGCUGGUGGGCAAUGGCGGCGCCUUGACGCUAACGACGGUCGGCACGUCGCCCCGGCUGACCAUUGUCACGACGGUGCACGGCACAAAGGAAGAUGCCUACUGCUCCAACCGCGGUCUUUGCGACCGGUCGACGGGCGUCUGCAACUGCUUUCCCAACUAUGUCUCGAGCGACGGCUACGGCAACGUGGGUCGGCGCGGCGACUGCGGGGCCGUCGCGUUGGCCAUCACGCAGUGUCCGGGGAAAACCUUGGCCUGCAGUGGCCACGGUGUCUGCCAAGGCCCCCCGACGUUUGCGUGCAUUUGUGCCAGCGGGUUCCAAGGCGGCGACUGCUCCGAGCAGCAAUGUCCGAUGGGCACUUCUUGGUUUGAUAUACCAAGCAGCCCGAAUGGUGCACACCAACUCGCCGAGUGCUCGAAUGCGGGGACGUGCGACCGAACGCGGGGCGUGUGCUUGUGCGACACGCGCUUCACGGGCGCCGCGUGCAAUCGGCUCGAGUGCCCCAACGACUGCAGUGGUCAUGGCACGUGCCUCACGAUGCAAAACCUCGCACCGCUCACCAAGCUCAACGGCGACCCGCGGACGGCGUUUACCUACGGGAGCAUUCCCAACAACAACCCGAAUGGCGUGGCCCAAGUCAACGCCGUCCAAACGAUCGUGUGCACGGCAACGACGGGCACGUUUACAUUGGGCUUCCGCGGUGACUUUACCGCGCCGCUACCAUUUACGAUCACCAGUGCGACGCUCGCGAGCAUCCUCAACCUCCUCCCCGCCUUUGGCCAGGUGCUCGUGUCGUACUCGGCGGGCGCGGCGGCGUGCACGAGCAACGGCGCCAAUGUCAUCUCGAUCUCGUUUUUGUCCGUGUUUGGGGCGCUUCCGCCGGUACGCUAUACGACGAACGGGGUGACGUCGAUCGCAGUCUACAGCGACGGUACGAUGGGAUCGGUUGUCGGCACCAAAGAAGACGCCCUCUGCUCCAAUCGGUAG